AUGGCCAUAGCAAGCAAGCCACCACUUUUGAUCAUUACGUACCCGCGUUCUGCAUCGAACCUCCUUGUGCGUAUCCUCUCAUUGCCAGAGCAACCGAAUAUCGUUACGGAGGAAAGUAGCGGCCAAUUAUUCCUUCCGGCCCUGGGACACAUUCGCCGCGCGAGGCUGCUUGAUCGACUCCCUGAGCAAUGGACAGACUCGGAGACAGCGGCUACGUGGCAGAAGUUUCAGUCUUGUUACGACAACUUCCAGAGUCUCGUUGAUUCGGCUGAGGCCGACGGAAAGCGGGCGGUGAUCAAAGAGCAUGCGUCAUUCCUGAUCUGCCCACAGGUGCAGGCGAACUUCGUCCAUGGGCGAUGGCAGGCCCAUGCUUCAUCGAAGGUGAACAUCGGCGACUCCCAGUCCAGCCCAUGGGCUGUAGGCGUUCCGGGAAACGAGACCGUCCUGCCAGACGGAGUGUUACUGCGAUGUUUGCCCGCGUUCCUCAUCCGGCACCCGGCCCUGGCGUUCCCGUCCUACUAUCGGGUCAUGCUGUCCUUCGAGGGCGGAGACAAACAGAAAGUAGAGAGCAUGACAAAUGACAUAGCGGCAAUCUGCACCCUACGCUGGACGCGCAAGCUGUAUGACUGGUAUGUCGCUGCGUGGGAGGGACAGAAAUCGCCCAUUGUUCUCGAUGCAGAUGACAUAGUCGAUCACCCUGAAUUGUCGCGCCACUUCUGUGACCUCGUGGGCUUAGAUCCCUCCAAAGUCAAGUAUGAAUGGGAGGCCGCCGACCAGGAAAAAUCGACCCAAGAUCACGAGAACCCUGUUCGGAAACACACCCGCGCAACUUUAAUGGCCUCGUCGGGCAUCACGCCGGGCAAAACAUCUCGCGGGCUCUCAAUCGAGGACGAAGUUGUCAAAUGGAGGGUUGAGUUUGGGGAUUUGAUCGCGACGAGAUUGCAGCAAUGGGUUCAGGGAGCCAUGGCUGACUAUGAGUAUCUCUCUAGCCAGAGACUCGCCUGCCCAAGUGGUGAUCGCUGA